AUGACUCGACGACUUUACGAUAACCCGACCGGAGAAGACGCCAAGGACCAAGACGAAACGAUGCGAGCAGUUCCGGGACCGUUUGGGGGAGCGGCAGCACCUCUCCCCCGCGCCAAGAAGACGUGCCAAUACUGUGGCUUUGACGAGAUGGUGUUCUUCCAAGCUCAGCAGAGAACUGCCGAGACCGGAAUGAAACAAAUUUAUGUUUGCGUCGAGUGCUCCAAGCCUCAGACGGAUUGAUUUUGUGGCUUUCUGCAACACGUAUACUUGUUAUGUAUACGGAGAAUAGGGGGUUUUGACAUGAGAAAGGCGUUUUGGAGGGGCUUGGUUUUCUGACCUAAAAAAAUCACCAAGCAUGGCGUAGUUUCAUCAAUGAUCUGCCCCGGGUUUACGGCGUUUGGUUUCCUACCCUGUUUUUAAUUUUGGCGUAAUUUUGAGGCAGUUCUUCAUGUUUCUGUUAUCAUUCAAGUCAAUAAUACUACAUGACCAAAAACCUCGGGUUUCAAAUGCUUUAUUUCCUUCCGAAUUGCGACAUGAUGGAGCAGAUAUGUCUCAAAACACAUUUGCACCUAUUUCCUCAGGAUACUUUCAAUAUACACAUGCCCGUCUAUGCUGUUUUACAUAUAGUUGCGCCAGAGGUAGCCCAGCAUAACUUCCAAAACUCCAAGCGCCAUAUUUGUGAAUUUUCUUUGUUACAAGACUUGCCAUCCAAGUCCAUUGUCGUUCUGCAAGCCUUUUCUGCCUUGCAAAGAACACAAGUUGCCACCUCCUCGUAGCAAAAGCCGAUGAACCUCGUCUUUUUCUCUAGACUCUCAAAGAUCAUAUAUGCAUGGGCGCCAUGCUCAGAAUCUUGCUCCACUUGGCCUUUCGCAACUCCAUGCCGACGAUGCCGUUGACGCGCGAGCCGACGGGGUCCCCGGCCUUGUUGAUAAGGACGCAGGCGUUGUCGUCGAACCGAACGACCGAGCCGUCCUUGCGCUGAACCUUGUACUUUGUGCGGACGACGAUGGCGUGGCGGAUGUCGCCGCGCUUGACCUUGUUGGAGGCCGCAAGGGCGGCGGCGCCCUCGUUGGGGUUCUUGCGUUGCUCCUGGACGACGACGACGAUGCGGUACCUAUCGAUGCAUGCCUCUUCUGGCCGACGAUCAGAGCGCACUCGACCAAGGCGGCGCCUGAGUUGUCGAUGCAGUUGAGCAUCGACUUUAAUUGAAUCAUGGUGGAUGAUGUAUGUUGCGUAAACGUAAAGCCUAUCUCUCCCGCCUCGAAACAACAAACGCUUCGCUUUC